UUAUUAUCGGAGGAGGUUUUUUCCAAUUACCUCCUGUGGAGGAUACGGCAGAAAUGAUUUUUGAAUCAUCAUGUUGGAAAGGACUAAAUUUGCAAUAUAUUUACUUGAAGGAUGUUUUUAGACAAAAGGAUAAGGAUUUUGUUAGAGUUUUAAAUAAUAUUCGUUGUGGAAAGUUAUCCAACUAUGAAUUAAAUUAUUUGAAAAGGUUGGAAUCAUCUAAGGCUGAUUAUAACGGAGCCAUCAAAUUAUAUUAUCAUAAUAAGGAUGUUAAUAGGGUAAAUAUCGAAGUUUACAAUGCUUUGAAAUCUACAGAAGUUAAAUAUAUUUCGACAGAUAAUUCUGAAUAUCGCAGAAUAAUUUUGGAGUUGGAACUUAAAGAUAAAGGAGGUGAUCAAGCAGUAAAGAUCAAGGAGUUGAGAUCGAGAUAUGAUGAAGCAUGUAAGACUUUUCUUAAAGAAACGUUAUCACAGAAAGAGCUUUAUCUGAAGUAUGGGGCACGUAUUCAAGUGAUUAAAAAUUUAAAUGAUAAGGUUGCGAAUGGUAUGUUAGGUACUUUAAGUGGUUGGUAUAAACGAGAAUCUGGUGUAUCGAGGAGUGAUAAUUUGGAUAAUUUGGAUAAUCUUCGUAUAUAUAAACGUGAUUUAGGUAAAAAUGUAAGAUACGAAGAUUAUGAUCCCUUAGUGAUUUUAGAUAAAUACCCUGGUAAAUUUAUUCGUAUUCCAAAGGUGAGCUUUGAUUACAUUGUUCCAAGGGCGAGCAUUGGUUGUAUUGAUCCAAAUGGUCCUGAUAUCAAAGCUUAUACAAGGAUUCAAUAUCCAUUAAAGUUAGCAUAUGCUUCAACAGUACACAAGUCACAGAGUUUGUCUAUUCCCAAAGUGGAUGUGUAUGCCGAUGGGUUUGAUCUUUCACUAUUCUAUACCGCGUUAUCAAGAGUCACUGAUCCCUCAGGUUUGAGAUUGUAUAAUUUCAAUCACAAAUUUCUUUCUAUGAAGAUCAAACAGGGCAAAGAACGGAUCGACAAAUUGAAAAAAUUCUAUAAUGAGUGUUUUAAAAUAGAUCCAUCUAAAGUUUAA